AUGUCUGUGUCGCCCAACCAUUUCACAUCCCUUUCCGCACGUAUGCUAUCGGUCCUCCGCUUCUACAAAGUGGACGAAAACGGAAAGAUCACGCGUUUGAGGCGCGAGUGCACUAACGACGAGUGCGGCGCCGGCGUCUUCAUGGCCUCCCACUUCGACCGCCAGUACUGCGGCAAAUGUAGCCUCACUUUUGUCUUCAACAAACCCGAAGACAAAUAA